ACCACAAGUCACAACUAUUUCUGUACCUGACACACUGAAGAAGGUUCAGGGGAAGUUUAGAGAGAGAGAGUGUACAGAGAGAGAGGGGGAUCAUGGCGGCGGAGAGAGACAUAGAUGAUCUGCCAAAGAACGCAGCGAACUACACAGCUCUGACGCCACUUGGGUUUCUGGAGAGAGCUGCUCUGGUUCAUCCCAACCGUAAAUCGGUAGUUCAUGGAUCCGUUCAGUACACAUGGCUUCAGACUUACCAGCGUUGCCGUCGAUUGGCCUCUGCUCUUUCUAACCACAGCGUCGGUUUUGGUAAAACGGUAGCUGUAAUUGCACCAAACAUCCCAGCCAUUUAUGAAGCUCAUUUUGGAGUUCCAAUGGCUGGAGCUGUUAUAAAUGCCGUCAACAUUCGUCUGAAUGCACCAACUAUUGCUUUUCUAUUAGGGCAUUCACAAUCAGCAGUUUUAAUGGUGGACCAAGAGUUUUUUCUCCUGGCAGAGGAAGCUUUGAGGAUUUUAGCUGACAAAAGCAAAAGCAAUUUUAAGCCUCCACUUUUGGUUGUCAUUGCUCAUGAAAGCUGUGAUCCAGAGGCACUCCAAUAUGCUUUAGGAAGAGGGGCAGUUGAAUAUGAGAAGUUCCUUGAAACAGGUGACCCAGAAUUUGCAUGGAAACCACCACAGGAUGAGUGGAAUAGCAUUGCUUUGGGUUAUACUUCUGGUACAACAGCCAGUCCCAAGGGGGUGGUAUUGCACCAUCGAGGGGCAUAUCUCAUGGCUUUGAGUAAUGCUAUAAUAUGGGGAAUGAAUGAAGGGGCUGUGUACCUAUGGACUCUACCCAUGUUCCAUUGCAAUGGUUGGUGUUUCCCUUGGACACUCGCAGCUCUUUGUGGGACAAGCAUAUGCCUCAGACAGGUAACAGCAAAAGGUGUCUACUCAGCCAUAGCCGUCAAUGGUGUGACUCAUUUUUGUGCUGCACCCGUGGUGCUCAACACCAUAGUAAAUGCUCCACAGGAUGAGACCAUCCUUCCCCUCCCACGGGUUGUGCAUGUAAUGACAGCUGGUGCUGCUCCAUCUCCUUCCCUUCUCUUUGCAAUGUCUCAGCAUGGCUUUCGUGUUGCACACACUUAUGGCCUCUCUGAAACCUAUGGUCCCUCGACGAUAUGUGCAUGGAAGCCUGAGUGGGACUCACAACCCCCUGAAACCCAAGCUCGACUCAAUGCACGCCAAGGUGUGCGAUAUAUUGCCUUGGAAGGCCUCGAAGUUGUCAAUACCCAAAACAUGGCUCCUGUCCCUGCUGAUGGAAAAACUGUUGGAGAGAUAGUGUUCCGGGGUAAUGCUGUGAUGAAGGGCUACUUGAAGAACCCUAAAGCCAAUGCAGAGUCUUUUGCAAAUGGCUGGUUUCACUCCGGAGAUCUUGGUGUCAAGCACCCGGAUGGAUAUAUAGAAAUUAAAGACAGAUCGAAGGACAUCAUCAUUUCUGGAGGUGAAAACAUCAGUAGUGUGGAGGUAGAGAAUAUUCUAUACCAACACCCAGCAAUAUUGGAAGUAUCAGUAGUGGCAAGGCCAGACGAGAGAUGGGGAGAGUCACCUUGCGCGUUUGUCACAUUGAAGCAAGGAGUGGAUAAAUCUGAUGAGCAACGAUUGGCAGAAGAUAUAAUGAAGUUCAGCCGAUCAAAGAUGCCGACGUAUUGGGUUCCAAAAUCAGUAGUAUUUGGACCACUGCCAAAGACUGCAACUGGGAAGAUUCAAAAACAUUUGCUCAGGUCCAAGGCAAAGGAGAUGGGAUCUCUCAAGAAAAGUAGGUUAUAAUUGUAAUGCUCUGUCCAACCAAAUAAAAUGAGGUGGUUUCCUCAUCUUUUCUUUUUCUUCUUGGGAUUAGUACUUUACUUUGGUGUACAAAUUUCUUCUUGGGCCUCUCUCUCUCUCUCUCUCUCUGGUAAGGAAAAAGUAUCCAAAAGUACAGGAUAUCUCGAAGGCCAAAGGCUAACAAAGUACAAAGCUUUUAUUGGUACUAUAAAUCUGUCGAGUAUAUAAGGAGG